CGGACGGCCGGGCGCUGUGUGGGCCAUGGUGCAGCUGCGGCCGCGCGCGUCCCGCGUCCCGCCGUCGGCGAUGGUGGACGAGGGCCAGCCAGCCUCCGAGGAGGAGGAGGAGGCGGAGCACGGCCUGUUGCUCGGGCAGCCCAGCAGCGGCGCGGCCGCGGAGCCGCUGGAGGAAGACGACGAGGAAGGGGACGACGAGGACGACGACGAGGCCCCGGAGGAGCUGACUUUCGCCAGCGCCCAGGCGGAAGCACGAGAGGAGGAGCGGCGGGUUCGGGAGUCGGUGCGCAGGGACAAAACGCUCCUGAAGGAGAAGAGGAAGCGACGCGAGGAGCUGUUCAUCGAACAAAAGAAAAGGAAACUCCUUCCGGAUAACAUUCUAGAGAAGUUAACUACAGCCGGACAGACUAACAUCAAGAAAUCAUCAGGAAAGUUGAAAGAAGCGAAUUUGCAGAAGGAAAAUGAAGACUGUGACAAAGGAAGUGAUUCCAAGAAAGCUAAAGUACAAAAAGUACAGUCUGUCGGCCAGGAUAAAAGCUACUUGGCUCUAAGGCUAAAAGGUCAAGAUCUGCGAGAUUCAAGACAGCAGGCAGCAGAAGCCUUUGUACAGAAUUCUUUAUAUGGUCCAGGAACCAACAGAACUACUGUAAAUAAGUUCCUGUCUCUUGAACAUAAGAGGUUACCAGUGAAAAAGGCUGCAGCCCAGUUUCUGAAUAAUGCUUGGGGAACUCAGAAAAAACAAAAUGCCAAGAGGUUUAAAAGACGGUGGAUGGUCAGAAAGAUGAAAACUUCUAAGAAGUAAAUCAAAUGAAGUAAAUGAAGGAUGAGAACUUGUAUGUAUAGGACUCAGUUAUUUGGGUUAGAAAAUGCUCUUAAAAAGAUCUAAUAAAUGAUUUAUAAAGAGUUUUGAAGGGUUACUGCAAAACUCGUAGGUCUGUUGGGGGAAGUACCCCAUCACCUCUCAUCCUUCAGGACAGUCCUGCCUCGUAGUUUCUGAGAACGACGUUGGAAGACAAACCGGUUCAAAAGAAUGGUUUCCCUUUUUUAUGAGCGUUUGCGC